AUGCCGGACCAAUCAGAAAAACCUCCGCCCAUCGACAUCACCGAUGGGCCGGCCCCAUUACAUCACCUAGACCCCGUCCCCCUGACGUCACCCCGAUGCCGAACCAAUCAGAAAAACCUCCGCCCAGGGUUACAAAGUAAAAUGUUGGCUAAAGUGGUAACUCUCACUCUGAUGUGCACCAUUGCAGGUACUCUAGGCGACUUGAACGCUAACAUGCUGACUGAUGCCUUCUUGUCUUACUUGGACCAGUCGACUGUCAGCACCAAGGACAGCAGCGCCUCACAAGUCCAGCUGUAUGACUUCAGCAGGCUAGUGAACAGUGCUCUACAACUGGAUGAGGACAAAAGCGUGAAUGCAGAACUACUAAACAAGGUCUCAUUUUUUGCUAAAGCGAUCUAUACUCAAGCGACAAAAGACUCUGAGAAACUCCAAUUAGAGUUGGAACAGCUGAAGAUCAAACUUUCCCCAUAUUCAGAAGAGGUGACAAAGCUGUUGAGCAAGAACACAAAAGAUCUGGCGAUAACGCUUAAUCCCUACACUGAGGAGCUCCAGACUGAAGUAGAAAAAAUCAUGCUGGAAUUUAUCAAAAAGCUAAAAAAUAUAAAUUUAGACUUGAUCAGUGAUAGUACGAAGGUGCCAUUGGUCUUGUACUCACAAACACUAGAUGCUAAAAUGGCAGAGUGUCUUAACGCACUGAGGAACGCGGUAGGAACAUGUACCGAGAGGGUGAAGGAGAAGAUAGAUCUUCAGGUUCUGGCCUUGUAUGAAAGUCUUUCUCCUUUUGCGGAAGAUAUGCAAGAUGCUUUGAGGAAAGAAAUGGAGAACCUGAACUUUUCCAUGAAAAAGACUGUUUUCUUGAUUGAGAAUAAAAUCCUAGAGAGCCUUGUACUGCUGGAGAAGCAAAUCACGCUCUGUACCAGUCUCCUAAAAGAGAAGAAUAGUCUAUUCUUUGGAAAUGUAAGAAAGUCACUAGCAUUGUGCCUGUUUGAUAUGAGCCAGAAGAUCAAAGCAUUUAAAGCUGUGGUGACCCUCUAUAGAAAUGCUCUUACCAAGUCAGUUGUGUUGCGUGUUGACAACAUGAAAAACAAGCUUGGGGGGUCUGCAGCCGUGAGUCUGCAAGACCAAAAAGAUUACCUGGAAAAGAAUAUCUUUGACAAGAUCAGUGACCUCUUAAAUAGCACCUUACUGACUACGGAGGAGUCUGAAGAAGAGGAGUCAGAGGAGAAAGUCCAGCUGUUAGUCCCC